UGUCGACAAAAUCAUUGAAGAGCAACCAAAAAAAAAAAAAGAUGGUUCUGCUAGAGAAGCUUUGGGAUGAUGUUGUGGCUGGACCUCAGCCUGACCGUGGCCUUGGCCGCCUCCGUAAGAUCACCACCCAACCCAUUAAUAUCAGAGAUAUAGGAGAAGGGAGCAGUAAGGUGAUGCAUAGGUCGUUGACCAUGCCGGCGGCAGUUAGCCCCGGAACUCCGACUACUCCGACCACUCCAACGACGCCACGUAAGGAUAACGUGUGGAGGAGCGUCUUUAAUCCGGGAAGCAACCUCGCCACUAGAGCCAUCGGCUCCAACAUCUUCGAUAAACCCACCCAUCCAAAUUCUCCAUCCGUCUACGACUGGUUGUACAGUGGUGAGUCAAGGAGUCAGCACCGUUAGGGAUGGUCCGAUGGAGUGUGACAUGCGGGUGAUGUAAAUACGGUGACCAGAUCUUUCGCCACGUGUCUGUUUAAUUACUUUUUACUAUUUACCUUAGUUUUGACUGUUUUUGUGUACUUUAUCAGAGUGGAUAAAGUGACGGGGGAUGUUUUUCUUUUGUACAUAAAACUGUCUCCCACCUGGCACCUACGCAAUGUGUGUUAGUUUCUGUUUUGGGCUGUGUUUUGCAAGUUUUUUAUUUUUGUAUUUUAGAGUUGUGUAGUGUAGUUGCAAGUGGCGGUUGGGUCUUUCACUAUCUUGUUGGAUUUUGAUGAUGGUUGAUGCGUUUGCUUUAAUGUUCAAUAAAUAAGCAUAUUUUUG